UAUGACACUUGAUACUGUAGGGUGCGCAGUAGAGGUGCGCAGAAUUAGCAGCAGCGAGAGCGCUUCACCCAGAGAAGGAAAGACAACAGGAGCAUUUCAAACAUGGUUGUUCCUGUACCUCUUUUGGUUUUAUCUGCCUUCCUUUUGGAGCCUUACAGGGUGGAAACGACACAAAACACCCUAAACUCGAUGGAUGCUUCUUUCUGCCAUGGAGGACUGGAGGUAGUCUAUCCAGAGCUGGACGUUGACAAAUGCCUCAAAGUUCCAACAAAGCUCAGAGAGAAAAUCACCAUGACUUGGCAAGUGCCACGGGUGUACUUCACUGGAGCUCAGAAGGAAAAGAAAUACAUCCUGGUGAUGGUUGAUCCUGAUGCUCCCAGUCGCACCAAAAGCUCUGGUUACUGGAGGCACUGGCUGGUUGUGAAUGUAAAGGGCAAUGCUCUGAGGAAAGGAGAGAUUCAAGGGACAACUCUCACUGAUUACCAUCAGCCAACACCACCUCAGAACUCUGGUUUCCACCGCUACCAGUUCAUGUUGUUUAAGCAGCCUCCUGACACUCUGGUGUCGCUCACCGAUCAGGAGAAAUCCUCCCGUGGUAAAUGGGACUUGCAGGCCUUCAUCACAAGGUUUGGUUUGGGAGAGCCCGUCGCCUCUGUGCAGUUUCUCACCCAGAACUUCAAAGACUGAAGAAUGUUCAGAUGCCUCAAAAGGAAAAAAGAAGAAAAACAUCACCUUUAUGACACAAAAUACUUCCCCUUUUUGCAUCAUUUUUCUGCAAUAAACUAAGUCAACGCUUGCACAAA